UUUCACACUGACAUCGCCAGGGCACUCACACGCCGCUGGAAGUCCGUGGUAUGGUCUUUCCAGCCGAAUAACGCGGGGAUUUAAAUCGGAAGAGAAGCAGCGCGAAUUUGAUUUACUGUCCAAGAUGAUGGAAAGGCAGAGCUCAUAGUUUUACUCGGUUUGGAAUCGACUGGAUCUCGUCCAGUGUGCGAAGGGGAGGUUACUUUUCCCAGCAUCAACUAGCUGUAGCUGGCUGGCUAACAUUACUAUACGGACCUUCUCGGCAUUUUUCCCCAGAGGAAGAGAGCGCCGACACAAAAAUAAUCAUUUUAUUAGCUAGAAAACUGCCCGACUCCCAUUUUUUUUAGAAUGGCAGAAACUUAGCAAAGGUCUACGGGAACUUGCUAGCAAACUUGUGUCAGAUGUUAUUAGCUCGCUAGCGUAACGUUAGCUACGAUCAAAUUAGUGCUAAUGUUAUUCAUGGUGCAAACAAGAAAAUAGAAUAACAAAACCAGUCGCGCAAACGUUGAAUAGCUUACUGCGAAUAUAUACGAACACUUUCCUUUAUUUCUGGACAUGGUAUCCUAGCCAGUUGACUAACUACGUUAGCUGGUUAGUUUUUCUGGAAAGGUUGCGUGACUGAUUAUUAGCUGGCUAGCUGGAUACGUUUUGUCGCUAGCUUUAAGUUAGCCUACAAGAAGAGCCGAGCAGAGACGUUAAUGUGCUGAUGAUUUAUGCGUGUGAAUGUUCGCUAACGUUAGCUAAUGAAGUGGAUUGGAUGCUGAAUGAGGGAUGAGUUUACUGAAGUAGCUUGCCUGCAAGCUAGCUAGGCAACUGUCAAUUUCAUUUUCUAGCCAAGUCUGAGAAAGGAGUUAGAUAGGUAAAGUCCUGUUGUGGGGUGUUUUGGUACCCUUAGCUGUCUAGUACGAGCAAGCGAAGUCACAAACUUUGGCUACCUAAGGUACUAGAAACUAACUAAACUAGCUGAGCGGUGAAACAGAAUGAGCUGGUUUCUGCCAUUUGGAUUUUAAGUAGAACAUCUAAUGUAUUUUUUUCUUUUUUAUAUACGGCGGUGAGCUUACUAGUUGGCUUAUGAUAUAUUGCUGUCUUAAGUUAGUGUUGUCUUUUUACCGUUAGAUUAGUUAGCUAAUCAUUAUAACAUGCUAGCUAGUUGAACAACGGCUAUUUUCUGACUUAAAAAGUGCUUCAGUGAGCUAGUUGCUACUUAAGGGAGGGACGCUGAAAGGAAAUGCCCAUUGCUGUAGCUGGUCAACCAACAACACAGGAGCCCCGUGUCUAUUCCCAGUGUCCCACUGUUCCAGAUAACGUUACUGUCCCGAAACGGAACACUCAAUGUGAGGACACGGGCUUUCUGUCUCAACAGCAGGCCGAUUACUGGGGCGCGGAGGGGGGCAGGGGAACGGACAGGCGCAGCCACACCGGUAGGCUUUCACUAGCACCCGUGUCGUUCUCUCCGUCGCAGUACCCUCCUACCCCCUCCCCCUUCACCUUCUCUUACAACCACCCGCAACCCCCGGCCAUGGAUCCCCCGAGGACUCGAUCGCGAUCGCGUUCUGGAUUCUACCAGUACAGCAUGAACAGUGGUGGUAACAGUAAUAACACAAACAACAAUAUUACCAACGGCGGAGUCAUCGGUAUCCAUCACCAACAGCACAACCCUGGACGCCUACCACUUGGAGCACAUAGUCCAACGGAGAACCAGCGUGACGUUACCCCAGGAAAUAACCUGUUGGUAGGAGCACAUCGACACACAGGCCCCGGAGCACACAGACACCUCGGAGCAGGUGGAAUUGGGGCCGCCUUCCACUACCAUCCGGACCAUGCCUUCGGUGAGGAGAGCGACAAGAGCGAGGACAGCCCGAGCCCCAAGCGCCAGCGCCUCUCCCAGCACCCGGUUCUGGAGCUGACCCCGGCUCCCCCCUCCACCCCCUCGCCCCCCAUGCGCCCGUGGGAGCUGCCCCACAGCCGCCGCCCGCACCCCCUCGCCCACCCGCACUACCCCCCCGAGCGCUGCCACACCCCCGCACGCAACCGACGCAGCCCCCCAGUGAGGCGCCAGAGGGCCCGCCGAGACCGCCUGGCCCGCCACCACCUCGCCCACGGCUCCCCCGGCAGGGGGCAGGACGAGAACUACCGCCACCCGCCCCACCCGCACCCGAGCUACCCCUUCGGUCAGCCGCCCCCGCCCCCGGGGCUGGAGGAGCCCCGCGCCUUCCACCCCCCAACGCUGUCCCCCCGCCUGCUGCACCCCGCCGCACACCCCCAGCAGCAGAGCGCCAUGGUGAUGGACCUCCACGAGCAGCUGCAGCAGGGCACGGUGCCGGUGUCCUACACGGUCUCCCCGGUGCCCCCCCACGGCCUGCCGCCCCCCCUCUGCGCCGGGGGCCAGCUCCCGGGCUGCUCGUCCCAGCAGCAGGUCCCCGGCUGCUCGGUGGUGUUCAGCGGGCAGCACUACCCCGUGUGCAGCGUCCCGCCGCCGAUGCUGCAGGCCUGCUCCGUCCAGCACCUCCCCGUGCCCUACGCCUUCCCCUCCCUGCUGCCCGGCGAGCCGCCGUUCCUGCUCCACCCGCCCCACCACCUCUCGCACCACCCGCCCCACCACCUGCCCCCGCCCGGGCAGUUCGUGCCCUUCCAGGCGCAGCAGUCCCGAUCGCCGCUGCAGAGAAUCGAAAACGAGGUGGAGCUGCUGGGAGAGCACCUCUCGGUGGGCGGGGGGUUCAACUACGCCCACUCCGGCCACCCCGGCUCCCUGCCCACCUCCACCCAGCUCCAGUUCCUCUCGCACGACCCCCUGCCCCAGGAGCUCUUCGGAGUGCCGUACCCCCAGUUCAUGCCUCGGCGGAUCACGGGGCGACGGUACCGCUCCCAGCAGCCGCUGCCGCCCCCGCCGUACCACCCCAGCUUCCUGCCUUACUUCCUGUCGAUGCUUCCCGUGCAGCCGGCCGUGGGACCAACCAUCAGCCUGGAGCUGGACGUGGACGACGGCGAGGUGGAGAACUACGAGGCGCUGCUGAAUCUCGCCGAGCGCCUCGGGGAGGCCAAGCCGCGGGGCCUGACCAAAGCCGACAUCGAGCAGCUUCCGUCCUACCGGUUCAACCCCAACAACCACCAGUCGGAGCAGACCCUGUGUGUAGUUUGUAUGUGUGACUUUGAGUCCCGUCAGCUUCUGCGCGUCCUGCCCUGCAAUCACGAGUUCCACGGGAAGUGUGUGGACAAGUGGCUCAAGGCCAACAGAACGUGUCCGAUCUGCCGGGCGGACGCGUCGGAGGUGCAGCGGGAUUCAGAGUGAGGGGGCGGAGCUCCACGCCUCCCCCCGCACGCCCAGACCCCCGUUCUCCUCCUCCUCCUCCUCCUCCUCCUCCACAUCUUCAGCCCAUACCUCCUCUUUCUGUCUUCUGCCCCCCCCCCCCCCCGGGCCUUCCUCCUUUCUGUUGCUUUCAGUGCCGACCCUUCCCAGACAUACACACACACACACACACACUCGGGCACAGCACACACACACACACACACACGCGCCCACACACACACAGCCGGGCAGGGUCCUACCUUUCCCGCUGCGUGUCCGCGUCUUAGAAUUUAGAAAGAAUUAUCGUGGUCUCCUCAGCUACAAAGCAACAACAGAAACCUUUCCGUGAUCGUUUUACUAACUGUGUGAUUGGAACUCCAAAGAUGAUUAUUCUUAUUAUUAUACAAGUAUUGAUCACUAUUAUGGUAUAAUUGAAUGUUUUCUUAAGGUGUUGUUCUUUUUUUAUAUAUAAAUUGCGUUAUUUUUUUGUUUUAUUUGACUUUUUCUGUGGGUGCACUAACAUUCCCUGGUAUGUGAGAGCAUUAUAGCGUGUCUGUAUAUUUACCAUGAAGAUUGACUGUGAGCAUGUCAUUUUUUUUCCGUAUGAAUAAAUAUAUGAAAUAUAUGGCAGAAGAAGAAAAAAAACAUAACAAAAAAAAAAAUGAACAAUGUUUUAUAAAUUGAGAAGUGCAAAUGAUAUCUAUAUAAUAAGAAUUGGGAAAUAUGGGGUAACACAAUUAGCUUCAA